AUGGUGAGUGAGACCCACAAGCAUGUGUGUGGAUACAGUGUCACAGUGGAUUCUGCUUGGGGCUUAACUGGGGCUGGUUUGGGACGUUGGCAGGAUAGUCAUUCAUGGUUGUGGUUUAUGGCUGGGUUGUUAUAUGUUUUUUGUGUGGUUGUGGCGGAGGAGUUGUGUUCAUUUUCUGGUUGUUCAAGUGAGGGGGGUCAAAAUCAGGGCAUUGGAGUGUAUGCUGGCAGAGAUCUUAUGGUAAUAAACAAGGGAAUGUUGGCAGAGAUAUUGCAAGGGAAAAGCUUAAACUCAUUUGAGUGA